AGCCGGGGCGCGGUGUCAUCCUUGGCUGGGGAAGGAGGCGGAGGCGGGCGCGGCUGCCCCAAGGCUUCGGCCCCUUCCCCGGCCCCUGCAGCCGCCUCCGCCCCCGCAGCUCCUCCUCCCCGGACCGGUAAAGGAAUUUCUCUGUGAUCAUCACUUGGAUGAAUAUGAACAUUUCUUAGGAGGCCUGAAUUUUAAAUCUCUAUAAAUGAGUAAACAUAAUCUAAUUUGGAGUGAUGCUCAGAUUCCAAGAAGCUGUCAAGUGUGUGAGUGUAUCUCCAGCUGUCUCCACUUACUCAAAGACUUUGAUUGCAAGAAGAUACGUGCUUCAACAGAAACUUGGAAGUGGAAGCUUUGGAACGGUUUAUCUGGUUUCAGAUAAGAAAGCAAAACAAGGAGAAGAAUUAAAGGUUUUGAAGGAAAUAUCUGUUGGAGACCUGAAGCCAAAUGAAACCGUUCAGGCAAAUUUGGAAGCACAGCUCCUCUCUAAACUUGACCACCCAGCCAUCGUCAAGUUUCAUGCCAGCUUUGUGGAACGAGAUAAUUUCUGCAUCAUCACUGAGUACUGUGAGGGUCGAGAUCUGGACUAUAAAAUUCAAGAGUACAAAGAAGCUGGAAACACCUUUCCUGAAAACCAGAUAAUAGAAUGGUUUAUCCAGCUGUUACUGGGAGUUGACUACAUGCAUGAAAGGAGAAUACUUCACAGGGACCUCAAAGCAAAGAACAUUUUUUUGAAAAAUAACCUACUUAAAAUUGGGGAUUUUGGAGUCUCCCGGCUCUUAAUGGGAUCAUGUGACCUGGCGACGACUUUCAUUGGGACGCCUUACUACAUGAGUCCAGAGGCACUGAAGCAUCAAGGUUAUGACACCAAGUCUGACAUUUGGUCACUGGCGUGCAUUCUGUAUGAGCUGUGCUGUAUGAAUCAUGCAUUCACCGGUCACAAUUUCUUGUCCAUUGUUUUAAAAAUCGUUGAGGGUGACACGCCUUCUCUUCCUGGCAGAUACCCAGAAGAGCUAAAUGCCAUUAUGCAAAGCAUGUUGAACAAGAGUCCUUCCUUGAGACCGUCAGCGAUAGAAAUCUUAAAAAUCCCUUACAUUGAUGAACAACUGCAGUGCAUGAUGUGUAAAUAUUCCAACAUGACUCUGGAAGACAAGAACUUGAACCGUCAGACAGAAUCAGCUCAUCUCAUUAAUGCCAUGCAGAGAAAGAUACAUCUACAAACCCUGCGGGAGCUGUCUGAAGUGCAGAAAAUGACUCCACGAGAGAGGAUGAGACUGAGGAAGCUCCUUGCGGCUGAUGAGAAAGAAAAGAAGCUUAAAAAGUUAGCAGAAGAGAAAUAUGAGGAGAAUACCAAGCGAAUGCAAGAAUUGAGAUCCCGGCACUGUCAGCGGUCGAGCGUAGACGUACUCCGCGAAUCCGAUGAACAGGCUUCUGGACAUUUGAUUGAAUCUGAGCCCAGGGAAGAGAAGACACCAGUGGAGCUGCCCCUGACUCCUUCUCAGCCAGUCAUCUCCCAGGGCUCUGCAGGACAGGAGCCAAGGCAGGAGGCGCCUUCAGAAAGACUGUCUACAUAUGAGCUAGAGGAUCAUGAGAUCCCAGAAGAUCCCUUAGAAGCUGAAGAGUAUUAUGUGGAUGUAUUUGAUUCCUGUUCUGAAGCAAGUGAGGAGGAUCAAAUAGAAGAGGUGAUAGAAGAGGAGGAAGAUGAGGUGGAGGAAGACAAGGUGGAAGAGGAGGAGGUGGAGGAGGAAGUAGCAGAGAGCACUUACAGGACUAGUCAACAGGACAGUGACAUUGAGGCGCUGGUCAGGUGUCUGGAAAAUGUUCUGGCGUGCAGCUCCCUGGGUUCCAGGACUGUCAGCAGAUCAGCUCCAGUCUUGCCCCAGGGACCAGGCCGUCUUAACACUGUGUCUGAAACCAAGAUGAAACUCAUGAGAGAGUCAGCCAUUCAGAAGCUGGGCUUGGAAGUGUUUGAAACUGUCUACCGCUACCUCAGGAAGGCCAGGCGAGAGAAUGCCAAUGAAGAGGAGAUCAGGGAAUCCUUGGAGAAAGUGGUGCCACGAGCCAGCGACUGUUUUGAGGUGGAUCAGCUCAUCUAUUUCGAGGAACAGUUGCUUAAAACAACAAGGGAAGAUUCUGGAUUCUAGAACCAUCUUUAAGUAGUGGACAAGAUCAGGUGCAAACCAGAUGGGAGACAAAUCCCAAAGGUUAACCCGACACAUGCACAAGAUAGAUUGUACUGGGGGAUGGAUCAAUAACUCGGGAUACCAUCUUUGUCUUCAAUUCUUUCUCCGGUGGAAUAAUUACUUCUUGAGCUAACCAACAAUACUUUUUUCUGUUCUCUUAACUAGGUGUGUUACAUGUUGCUCAACAUGGUACAGUCAAGGUUGGGAUACUCCACAUGGCAAAUGGAUGUUUUCUAAGCAGCCUGUAAAAAAGUAUUUUUAACUCUUCAUAGUGGGGGAAGUGGCCAGCAUGGAAUAGUGAAAGGGUCCUGGAUUAGAAUUCAGGAUAUCUGAGUUCCUGUGCUACCUCUGCUAUUAACUGGUUCUAUGUGCUUGGGCAAAUGACUUCAUCUCUCUUAGCCUGUUUCCUAUUAAAUGGGUGGUUUGGGGUAAAUGAUCUCUCCCAUUCUCUCCUAUUCUAAUAUGCUGUUCAUCUACUUGUUAUUUCUAGUUCCAGUUCUAGAAACCACAUCUACAAGAUAGGCCUCUUGAGAAUGAGCCAUGCCCAUUGGGCUGCCAGUGCAUUUAAGGGCUCUGCAGGAAUGACUGACAUUGAGUCUGUGCUUCCAGUUUGGGGAAGUUGUCAGGGUAUAGAGGUAGGCUCUUGCCUUUCUUCCCCUGCCUUUAUUUUCCCCAAAACCAAUUCCUUCUCCAUACUUCCUUAUUUUUGUUGGAAAUGUCAACAUGCUUGAGUCUCUGAGGUCUGGAGCCUCAGCGUCUCCCUCAAUUCCUUCUCCUCCCUCACCCCUUAUGUCCAAUCAGUUGCCAAGUCUUGCCUGUUCUACCUCUUACAUCACAUAGCCAUUGCCCUGGUUCCAGCCUUUAUUGACUCUCACUUGGAUUUUGUCAAUGACUCCUGUAUCAGCCUUAACUGCUUCCUGCCUCUUUCCUCUCCAAUCCAAUGUCAAAACAGCUGCCAAAUUAAUAUGUAUAAUUUACCCCCUUUCUCAGAAAUGUUAAGAGUUUCCCCAUCACCUCUAGGGUGAAUUGAAGACUCCUUAGCCUGGUGUUUAAACUCCCCAUAAAAUGAGGAUGUUGGAUUAGAUAAACCAUAAAUUUCCUUUCAGCUCUGAAUCUAUGAUUGAUAUAUGUUAGAGUGGACUAAGUUCAGAAAAGCAUUUGUCCUCCUUAAUUAAGACAGGGCUCCCUAGAAUGCCUUCCCAUUAAAGUUUUCCUAAAAUACAUUUACAUUUCACAAAGUGCUACUUUUCUUCUAAACUGGAUAUGAGAAAAACAAAUUUAUUUCUUUAUAGAUGAUUAAUUUUUCUAUUUGUUUAAUCCUUCCAAAGAUCUUUAUUUGUUGAAUCUGUGACUUAUGGUUCUAGCUUAUCUUUCCAGAUUUAUUUCAUUUAAGUCCCCUUUGUGUGCUCUGCAUUUUAGACCUUUCAGCUGUUUCUUCAACUUGGCAUGCAAUCUCCCAUCUCCACACCUUUGUCCUUUGUCUUCCCUUUGCCUGAAAUAUCCUCUUUCCUUACCUGUACCUCAUAAAAUCCCUCACUUCUUUCAUAGCUCACUUUGAUAAAGCCCCUACUAACUCCCCAUUCCAGCUGUUGAUGUUCUCCUUCUGAAAUUGCCUUGUCCUUGCUGUAUUUACCUAACUGGGGACAUGUUGCAUUUUCCCAUUCGAACUUGAACUCCUUGUGGGCACGGAUUGUUUGCUUUCUGUCUCUGUAAUCCCCACUACCUGGCCAAGUGCUCUGCUCAUAGAAGGUCUUUAAUAUAUGUUUAUUGAAUUGUUGAAUUGAUAUUCUAAUGAAAAGGAGUUACAGAUACAAUGGCUGAUCGGGAUUCAAAAUCCCAUCCCCAAUCUACUCUCAUGAAAUUGAACUUCAUACUUUGUUACCCUAAGAAUCCUUAGAUGUGCUAAAUCUCUUUUAUUCAUGAUAAGUGUGUGUCCUUGCAUUGUAAGUACAUGAUGUAUGUGUUGUCUCCUCUUACAGAAUAUGAGCUCUUUCAGGGCAGGGACCCAGUGCUUAGCAUUAGUAUAUGAAUUUAAUAAAUGCUUGUUGAU